CACACUUUAGUGUCGGAAAGUCAUCUAGCCAACGCGUAAAAGUGAGACAGGGACCGUUUAGUUUCUCUUGAGAAACAGCAAUACAUUUACUACUUUGUUCUUCCGCGGGACACCAAGUUUUCCUGGAUAAACGCGCCGUUUCGGACGCAUCCUGUGCGCUUUGGCGCACACCGGGAACUCGCCGCCGCCGCCGUGUCCAAAAAGCGCAGGAGAAAACUACAAAACGGCGAGCUAAAUGCCACUAUGAGUUAGAUGAUUCACCGUCACCUCACUCGAGAUAGACUUAAAGCCAUUUCACGCACUGAUGCGGACCGGGGAACACUGAUUGGGAGUUUUAGAUCUCAUUGGCACUCUUUGGACUCAUGCAGGACGCACGCAGUUACCCGUUUAACGGGACGGGUGUGCGGUGAAUUUUUAGGACCAUUGAAUGAUGGGUCGAGAAGAGAGCGUGAUUUGACAUCUGGAUGCAGGAAACUGCAGUUUGUUCUUUAAACCUCGUCUGGAUGUGACGGAGCGAUGGCUUCUGAGGUUGUGUGUGGAUUGAUCUUCAGACUGCUGUUGCCUGUGUGUCUGGCGGCAGCAUGUCUGUUCAGAUACAACGGUCUGUCCUUCAUCUACCUCCUGUACCUGCUGCUCAUCCCCCUCUUCCCUGAACCCUCCAGCGUAACCAUGCAAGGCCACACGGGGCAUCUGCUGAAGUCUUUAUGUUUCUGCAGUAUGAGCUUCCUCUUGUUCCACAUCAUCUAUCAAAUCACAGUCCACAGUUUGCUGGCCGGACACACUAUCAGACAGGACUUUAACUGUUCAGUGUGGGAGAAAUCGAUACGACAAAUCGGCUUUGAGAGUGUGAUAGGUGCAGAUGCAGGCAAUGGUAUUCGGGUUUUCCUCCCGGACAUCGGGAUGUUUAUGGCGAGCUUGUCGGCGUGGAUGCUGUGCAGAAAAUUAGGGCACAAACGGCCCACAGAAGAGAUGGCCCAGGACAACCACGACUUUGAGUCAGAAGAACAGGAGGGGUGUGAUGAGAAGAUGGAACUUGAUGAUGAUGAUGAUGUGCUCGUGGAUGAAGACUUUGAUGCUGAAGAUGAAGCAGAGGAAGAAGAGGGGGUGGAAGAUGGCCUGGAGGAGGAAGAGGAGGAGGAAGAGGUUCAGGAGAGCACAAAGAUGAAGGUCCUCCGUAUAGUAGCAGGAGUGGCAAGUAAACUCAAGGAGAUUAUCGGUAACCUGAUAACAACAGCUGGUCAGGUGGUGGUCACCAUUCUGCUGGGCCUAACAGGUAUCAUGCUGCCCUCUCUGACGUCGGCUGUCUACUUCUUUGUGUUUUUGGGUCUGUGCACGUGGUGGUCUUUCUGCAGGACCUUUGACAGGCUCCUCUUCAGUUGUCUGUGCGUUCUCAUGGCCAUCUUCAGCGCUGGACAUCUCAUCAUACUUUAUUCCAACCAGUUCCAGUUUCUUCAGGAGGCCAUCAGACCCAAUGACAGCUACUCCAGUUUGUUUGGUAUAUCCUCUAUUGUACGGACGGACUGCUCUUCGACCUGGAAGCUUGAGGUCAACAGUGGGCUAAAAUGGUACCAUUUUGUCAAUCCCAUCAUGCUUUUGGUACUAUACUACACAUUGGCCACCUUGAUUCGUCUGUGGUUGCAAGACCCCACGAUUGUGGAUGACUGUGAGGAAGAAGAGGUAAACGAGGAAAAUGAGGAAAUGGAGGUUGUGGGCAACAAUGUCCCUCACACAUCCGACAGAAAGCGUCUGCUGUGGUGGAAAGUCCGCCAGAAAACAGAGGAAAGAAAUCUCAUUUCCACUCAGGACGGUUACAGCACCUCCGAGAUGGUUGUGGUCACCUCCAACGGGACAUCAUUUGACUACGUGUCUGCAGUGCCUAUUGAGAACGGGCCAAUGAGUCUUGACAGAUACUCCACACCACAGUAUAAAGUUGAACAACCUAUAGAGUCUGAGGAAAAGACAGUUGUGUAUACAGACGAGGUCCUGGACUCACAGCAGGAGGAGGAGGAGGAGGAGGAGGAAGUGAAGACAGAGGAGGAGGAAGAGGGGGGUGGACCACCGAAAGCUCUUGUAAAAAUAUUUAAGUUCAUCAUGAAGCAAAGCUACAUCUGUGCACUGAUUGCUAUGAUGGCGUGGAGUAUAACAUACAUCAGCUGGCCGACAUUUGUAUUUUUGCUCUGGUCGUGCACUCUGUGGAUGGUGCGAGACCGGAGGAAGUACGCCAUGCUGACCUCGCCCUUCAUGGUGGCGUAUGGAAACUUUCUGCUCGUGUUUCAAUACAUCUGGAGCUUUGAGCAGAUACAACCAGUGCCUGGAUUCUUCCGGAAAAUGAACGUGCCCUGCAGAGAAAUAAGCGCCAAGAUUCUUUGUCAACUCAGCUUCUGGCUGCUGCUCAGACAAACUCUGAUGGAACGACAAGAGAAGUUAGAGGAAGACGCAACCCUGUCUGAUGUGAAAGUUGAGGAGGAGAAGAAAGAUGAAGAAAAGGAGGAAGAGGAUGGAGACGAGGGUGACCUGAUGCAGGUGAUCGGGAAGCUGGUGAUGGCUCUGUUGGUGAAAUACUGGAUCUACAUCUGUGGAGGAAUGUUCUUCUUCGUCAGCUUCGAAGGAGACAUGGUCAUGUACAAGAUCGUCUAUAUGAUGAUGUUUCUGUUCUGCGUGGCUCUGUACCAGGUUCAUUAUGAAUGGUGGCGCAGAAUCCUGAAGUAUUUCUGGAUGUCUGUGGUGGUCUACACAAUGCUAGUGCUGAUUCUAAUCUACACCUGUCAGUUCGAGAAUGCCAUUGAUACCUGGGCUAGGAUGACGGGCCUGACACCAAAAAUACUGAAGGAUAUAGGGCUGGUGAAGUACGGCCUGUCUGAUUUGUUCACUCGUAUCUUCAUCCCCACGUCCUUUCUCCUGGUGUGCAUUUUGCAUCUACAUUAUUUUCACGAGCAUUUCCUGGAGCUGACUGAUCUCCAAGCAGUGGUCAGCAAACAAGAGAGCUCCAUUUACAGACUGGCUCAUCCAGACGGCAGUUUGGCUGAUCUCACGAUGGUGAGCACAUCUCCAGAACCGCUGCUGAAGGAAGCACAGGACAAAGAAUCGGUGAACGAGAUGCUGGUCGUGGACUGCAUAGAGGAGGAGAAAAAGAAAGAUUCAUCCUCUAUUCAUUCUGCUCAUCAGUCCAGCCAGGAGGACCUUCAGCAGUCCAGUGCUGCCACAGAUCCAGAAGCCCCAUCAGAACAGAGCUCAGACCUAAAGAACAAAUGGCAUCUGGUGGUGGACCGGCUCACAGUGUUGUUCCUCAAGUUCCUAGAGUACUUUCAUAAACUGAAGGUCUUCAUAUGGUGGCUGUUGGAGAUGCAUAUCAUCAAGCUCGUAGCUGGCUACAUCAUUGUCCUUUCUGUCACAGAGGUUUCGCUGCUGAAUUAUGUAUUCCUGAUCUCAUGGGCGUUUGCUCUGCCUUAUAAGCAAUUUCGGGUACUCGCUUCCAGCACGUGCACGAUGUGGACAUGUGUUAUUAUCGUCUGCAAAAUGUUUUACCAGCUAGAAUCCAUCCAGCCAAGCAACUACUCAAGCAUUUGUAUCAUGCCCCACAACUACACAGUAGAAGAAAAGAAGAGGAUGAAUGAGUCCCUGCUGUACAGCCACCCAGUGGAUCCUGCAAACUGGGUCGGCCUUAAGAAGUUUAAGAAACCUAUUCUGCCAGACCUGAGGAAUAACUUGUUGAUGUUAGCCAUCUUGGCCUUUGAGGUCACCAUUUAUAGACACCAGGAGUUUUUCCGUCUGAGAAACAAACUUUCCCCUCCACCCUCUCGCACCAUCUUUCAUGACAUCACCAGGCAACACCUCGACAAUGGGAUUAUUGAUUGUGCCAAAUAUUUCAUAAACUAUUUCUUCUACAAGUUUGGUCUAGAGGUGUGUUUCCUAUUGGCAAUAAAUGUGAUGGGACAGCGGAUGGACUUUUACUCCAUGCUGCAUGGCUUUGCUCUGGCGGUAGUCAUGUUUAGGCGCAGACGAAAAGCCAUCGCCGAGAUCUGGCCCAAAUACUGCUGCUUUCUAGCCUGCAUGAUCACAUUCCAGUAUGUUGUGUGUAUUGGGAUCCCACCUGCUGCUUGUAAAGAUUAUCCCUGGAGGUUUCCUGGCUCCAUGACAGAAUCUAAUGUGAUUAAAUGGCUCUUCCUCCCUGAUUUCCGCACCAAGCCCAACUCCAUGUUCCUCGUCUAUGAUUUUAUGCUGUUGCUGUGCGCGUCGCUGCAGAGGCAGGUGUUCGAUGAAGAAAAUAAAGCGGCCGUUCGUCUGAUGGCGGGAGAUAAUGUUGAAAUCUGCCGAGAUUUGGAUGCUGCAACGUUCAGCGUUCAUAACCCUGUACCAGAUUUCAUACACUGCAGGUCGUAUCUGGACAUGCUAAAGGUGAUUAUGUUCAGCUACCUGUUCUGGUUUGUCCUGACCAUCAUCUUCAUCACAGGAACGACUCGCAUCAGCAUCUUCUGCAUGGGUUACCUGGUGGCCUGUUUUUACUUCCUGCUGUUCGGUGGGGAUCUUUUACUGAAGCCGAUCAAAGUGAUUCUCAAAUACUGGGACUUUCUCAUUGCUUACAACGUCUUUGUCAUCACCAUGAAAAAUGUCUUUGCUAUUUUGGCUUGUGGUUACAUCAAGUCUUUGAUGGUGAAAAGCUGCUGGCUUAUACAGUUGCUCAGUCUUGCCUGCACAAUAAAAGAAUAUGACGAUAUACCAGUUCCAGCGAUAGGAAGUUCUAAGGAAUGCGAUUUGCCACGGGAUGAGGCCGGGAUUAUAUGGGAUAGCAUAUGUUUCACCUUCCUGCUUCUACAGAGACGUGUAUUUAUGAGCUACUACUUCCUACAUGUGAUCGCUGACAUCCGAGCUGGACAGAUACUUGCAUCUCGAGGAGCUGAGCUGUUUCAGGCAAGCAUCGUGAAGGCCGUCAGAGCUCGCCUGGAAGAGGAGAAGAGAUCCAUGGAGCAGCUGAAGAGACAGAUGGAUCGCAUUAAGACGCGGCAGCAGAAGUUUAAGAGGGGAAAGGAGAAGAUGCUGAGCAUGGCACAGGAGUCUGGAGAUGGACAGAAACUCAUUCCUCCUGAGGAAAACGAUGAUGAUGAUGAUGAUGAUGAGAGAAAGAGAAACAAGGUGAAUAAAAAGCAGUGGUGGAGGCCAUGGGUUGAUCAUGCGUCCAUGGUUAGAAGUGGUGAUUAUUACCUGUUUGAAACUGACAGCGAAGAGGAGGAGGAGGAAGAGAAAAAAGAAGAAGAAUUGCCUAAGAAAUCUGCCUUUCAGCGAGCAAUCAGAAAGUUUGCUUCGGCCCUCGUGGCUUUACCCAAAUCAGUCAUUAAACUGCCCAAAACCAUUCUUCAGUAUAUUAUCAGGGCGGCAAAGUUUGUGUAUCAUGCCUGGAUUACCGACUCUAAGACGGCACUGAAAGAGAGAACCAAAGGGAGGCGACAUUUUUGGAAGCGAUAUGGACGCGGUCACCGACAUAAAAAAGACAAUAAAGAAGGUCAUGUGGCAAUAGAAGUUGGUGAAGAGGAUGGUCAGAGUUCAGAGGAUGAAAAAAACGGACCAGACAACAUCAUCAAGAGGGUUUUCAACAUCAUCAAGUUCACCUGGGUGCUGUUUCUGACCACCAUUGAGAGCAUCACCAAGUGGCUGAACUCCGUCUGCAGAGAGUACAUUGACAUAUCCACAGUUCUGCGCAUCGAACGCUGCAUGCUGACCAGAGAAGUCAAAAAGGGAAACGUCCCAUCACGGGAGAGUAUCCACGUGUACUAUCAGAAGCAGAUGAAGCUGAAUGUGUCUCGUGAGUCUGGGCUGGAUCGGAUCAGCGAGGAGGAUUCGGGUUCGGGUUCACACAGAGAGCGUCGUCGACGGGCCGGACACAGUAUGGACUCUUUUGCAUCUAGAGACAGCAUUUCCAGUGGAUAUACAGAAGCCACCAUGCUGUUUUCCCGUCAGUCCACCCUUGAUGACCUGGACGAUAUGCCCCAGAAUAUUCCCAAAACCAGCGAGCGCGCUCGGCCCAAACUGCGCAAAAUGUAUGGCGUGGACAUGUCCAACUCUUCCGCGGACAGCGGCAGCAGCAUCAUCUCCAGUGAAGCCACCCAGUGCAUCACACUGUUUUCUCGGCAAGGCACAGACGAUACCAUAGAUGAGGCUGAGAACGAGCAGGACCAGUUGGAAGCAGACAAAAUGAAGGAAAAAGACGAAGGAGCUGACUUGAGACAGCAGUCCAUCGAGGAUAAACCUGAGGAGGCAGGUCUUGAAGACGUCACACUGGAUAUUACAGAGGACGAGAUGCCGGAAUUAACUGAGAAAGUAAGCGAAGACGUGAUGCAGGACAAGACAGAGGAAGUGAUGGAGGAAAGUCCGUGGGAUCCGGUAGAUUCAGACGAAGGACGUGAAGAAGUUCAGGUCUCUCAGGGGGAGUUUGAGGUGCACAUAGAGGAAGAUCAAUUUGUUACUGAAGAGGAAGAUGGAGAAGAGCCUCUACGAAGAGACGACGGCGAAUCGUCAGGAGCUGAGAAUGGGCACACAGACCUGCACAGCGGGCAGCUUUUAACCCCAGACACAGAGAUGCCCAACACCUCUGAUGCAGAUGUGCCACCUAGUUACAGCAAAGCCGUGAGUUUCGACCGUCUGUCUAUGAGCUCAGAUGAAAGUGACAGUGAAAAACGUCUGAUGCUAAUGACGCCCGACAGCAAGUCUGAUCUGGACGACUCUCUGUUGCCCUCGAUGACCACUGAACUGACUGCCAGCGAGCUACUGCUCAACAAAAUGUUUUAUGACGAGGAACUGGAUAAUUCCGAGCGUUUUUAUACUUCCCAGCCGCUGGGUCUGCAGCUAUGUUAUGCUCUUUAUAACCUGCUGGUGGCGCACUCAGAGAUGGUGUGUUUCCUGGUGAUCAUCCUCAACCACAUGAUCUCAGCGUCCAUGGCAACGCUGGUACUGCCCAUCCUCAUCUUUCUAUGGGCAAUGCUUUCUGUUCCACGACCUAGCAAACGCUUUUGGAUGACUGCCAUUGUAUACACAGAGGUUACCAUUGUCAUCAAAUACUUCUUCCAGUUCAGUUUUUUCCCAUUCAACCAGGACCUGGAGAUGCACAAGAAGAAGCCGUACCAUCCGCCCAACAUCAUCGGGGUGGAGAAGAAAGAUGGUUAUGUACUUUAUGACCUCGUCCAGCUGCUUGCACUCUUUUUUCACCGAUCCAUACUGAAGUGUCACGGCCUCUGGGAUGAAGACGACCCUAAAAUGUCACGGAGCGGUGGUUGUGUCAGUGAAGAUGAAUCUGAGGAUGAGGGGAAAAUGACGGUGUCAAUGACGUGUGAUGAGGAGAAGAGGAGUUCUCCGGCGUUCUCGCUCAAGUCUGUAAACCUUGGGACAUCCAUGGACUCGCAGCAGGUGAACGUGCAGAUCCGUUAUCCCGAGCAGCGGGCGUAUCUGCGGCGUCAGAGCACCAGCGGCGGGUCUCACAUCUCUAGACGCUCCUCUGCCAGAUCCAAACGAGGCAGCACAAGUACGCGGAACAGCAGCCGCAGAGCUGACGAUGAGCCUGAAAUACCACAGAAGAGCCGGAAGGAGAUGAUCACGGAGAAGAUCAGAGAACAGCUCAUUAAAGCCAAGGUUUACCUGCUCAAGAAAUUGGUGGAGAUUUAUCAGCCCAUUCGUCAGUUCUUCUACAAUCUGAUUCACCCCGAGUACAACGCUGUCACGGACGUUUACGUCUUGAUGUUUCUGGCUGACACUGUUGACUUUAUCAUUAUUGUCUUUGGCUUUUGGGCAUUUGGAAAACAUCAGGGAGGUGCCGAUAUCACAUCCUCACUAUCUGAGGAUCAAGUGCCUGGCCCGUUCCUCGUCAUGGUUCUUAUCCAGUUUGGCACUAUGGUGGUGGAUCGUGCCCUUUACCUGCGUAAGACAGUGAUGGGAAAAGUGGUCUUCCAAGUCAUCCUGGUGUUUGGCAUACAUUUCUGGAUGUUUUUCAUCCUACCGGGAAUCACGGAGAGGCGCUUCAGUCAGAACAAAAUAGCUCAGUUGUGGUACUUUGUGAAAUGUAUUUAUUUCGGGCUCUCUGCGUAUCAGAUUCGCUGUGGCUAUCCAACUCGUAUACUUGGGAACUUCCUCACCAAGAGCUACAACUACGUCAACCUCUUUCUCUUCCAGGGGUUCCGUCUCAUCCCGUUCCUGACGGAGUUGCGAGCGGUGAUGGACUGGGUCUGGACAGACACGACCCUCAGCUUGUCCAGCUGGAUCUGUGUGGAGGACAUCUACGCACACAUCUUCAUCCUGAAAUGCUGGAGGGAAUCUGAGAAGCGUUACCCUCAGCCACGUGGGCAGAAGAAGAAGAAGGUGGUGAAGUAUGGAAUGGGAGGAAUGAUCGUCAUGCUCCUCAUCUGUAUCGUGUGGUUUCCACUGCUCUUCAUGUCGCUGGUCAAAUCUGUGGCAGGGGUCGUCAACACUCCCCUGGACGUCUCUGUAACACUAACACUGGGUGGACUGCAGCCGAUCUUUACGAUGAGCGCUCAGCAGACAAAUCUGAAGAACAUCACUUUCUCUGAAUUUGAGAAGUUCAAACGUGACUAUGGCAAUGAUGCAACUGCCAUGCAAUUCCUGGAGGCUUAUAUACAUGAAGACUUGACAAUAGCGGAUCUAGAAGGAAGUUCCAACUCGCUUUGGACCAUCAGCCCUCCAAGUAGAAAAAACCUUAUUGAAAAACUCUCAAACGAAGACGAACACUUUCCUCUCACCAUCACCUGGUCCAUACAGAGGAAUCUUACUUUAGGUGCUAAAGCUGAAAUGGCGAUAGGGAAACACAUCACCGACCUGGACACAGACACCAGAAAAGCGUUAGGACAAUUAUUAGAGAACAGUGGACAGGGCACUCAAGCUCAGCAUGUGCUCAUCAAAAAUAUUUUUCCAAGAUACAUCAGAGCACCAAGUGACUCAAAUGCCAAGCCUAUUGACCAGCUUUACAAGGAUGAAGAAUUCAUGAAUAUCACACUGUCUCUACGCAAGUCAAGUGCGAACAGUUCCUCGGGCAUCCAGGAGUGGUGGAUAGUGAAUCAGACCGAACGUGGGCCGAUACUUUCCGGGUUGAAGCGUCAGAACGAAUCCUGUCUUGAGAUCUAUGUGUUCAGUGAUCAAGUCAGUCCGCCCAGCCUCGGCUUUCUGGCUGGAUAUGGGAUCAUGGGUCUGUACAUGUCGGUGGUUCUGGUAAUUGGAAAGUUCGUGCGAGAGUUCUUCAGCGGGAUCUCUCACACCAUCAUGUUCGAAGAGCUGCCCAACGUGGACCGCAUCCUCAAACUCUGCACCGACAUCUUCUUGGUACGAGAGACGGGCGAACUGGACCUGGAGGAAGACCUGUACUCCAAGCUGAUCUUCCUUUACCGCUCUCCAGAAACCAUGAUCAAAUGGACCAGAGAGAAAAAUGAGUGAAGACGGAUAAGGAUUCCCAUCCGGAGUAAUUCAGAGCUUCAUGCUGGACCUACUUGGUUUUGUGAGCACACAGAUGGAUUAAACUGAAGAAAUUCCCUUCUUGCUCAUGAAACAUUGGUACUCGGACCAUAACACUUUGGAUAAAGAAGUGUAGUGGGCGUGGUCUCUGGUUUGCCAUAUUUACCAUUUUUUAAGGGCUUCCUGUUUAUAAGUGAUGAAUUUUAGGGCUUCCAGGCAUGCGUCACUUUGAAUACGACCUUUCAUCUUUGGGAGUGCAUGCAACAUUGGGAGGUCCGUCAGGAUUCAAAUCUUGCCACGUUUAAGACAAGAAAUACCGAACCUACUUCAGACUCUUCUGCUUAAUUUUUAAAGGAUGGUUUUGCAGAAAGUGAAACCAGAGCCCGUGGGGGUGCUGUGAUUCACAAGACAAUCUAUAUUUGCCUUAUUUCCUUCGUACAAUCGACUAAAUGCAUUACUAUUCACUACCUUUCUCAGGAAUACAUAUGGAUCAUUUCAUCACGGAGAAACUUUGACGUUUUUUUCUCGAACAACAACAAUGAAAAGGAAUGUACCCAACAGUGAAACUUUAACGCUAUCAUCUGUAAUUUAUGAAAACAGAUUUGAGACAAAAAAGGACUUUUAGUAAAAGGACUUUUAGUGUUUUAUAAGGCUUGAAGUAUAUUGACUUUUUCGUAAUUUAAGGGAGAUUGACGUUGCACCGCAAUUAAUAAUGAAUCGGUUUCAGCAAAUCUUAGAUUUUUUUUAAACAAUGCUCAUCAUUUACGAGUUGUGAAGAAGACAAAUUUGUGUUGUAGUUCUUUGUAAAUCAAAUACGAUUGUGACAAUUUACGUAAAAAGUUGUUUCACAAGCAGUUUACAGGAUUUUGUUUCUCUUGCAUUUCAUGAAUGAGCCGAACAGAUUUCUGUUUUAGGUUAUGGUAAAUCCAUUGCAACAUGAAUUGUUACAUUGUGACAAUUUACGUAAAAAUGCUUUCAUGGGCAGUUAACAGGAAUUUGUUCCUCUCGCGUGUUACGAAUAAGCAGACCAAAUUUCUGUUGUAGUUCUUCGUAAAUCAAAUACGACAUAAAUUGUUACACUGCGACAAUUUACGUAAAAAUGGUUUCAUGAGCGGUUUAAAGAAAUUUGUUGCUCUCUUGUUUUACAAAUGAGCAGAUUGUAUUUCUGUUGUAGUUCAUCAAAAAUGAAUUGCGACAUGAAUUGUAACAUUGCGACAAUUUACGUAAAAAUUAUUUUACGAACAAAUGAACAGAAAUUUGUUCCUCUCAUGUUUAACAAAUGACACUUUACAUAAAAGAUUUGACCUGUGGUGAGAGUUAACCAGGCGUAUAUAGUGAAUAAUGAAUAUUAGUAACUGGUAGGCUACAUUGUUGAAGGCAUGAGAGAUUUGUAGAUAGCUAGUGUUAUUAAAUAUGCUCUGCAAGGCCUGGAGAAGUGGUUUGUAUAUGAGGAGUAAUCUGACUUACAUUUGUACAAUGUACUUGUUUGUAUUUAUUUGAGCAAUACGAUAGACAGGCGACAGUAAAGGAUAUGAAAUGCAUUUAUAUCAUACACCUUCAGCAGCCAUACUCAGGAAAGAGCAUUUCUAUGGAUCAGGGUAUAGCAGAUGUACAGGCGGCGUCUUCAAUGGGCUGUAUGUAGAUUUACAGCGGGAAAACGUACGAUAUACUAUCAAUGUGAGCUUCACGCAGAUGGAUUGUGGUUGCUGUUAUGAUGCUUGAGAAGAAUAUCUCCAUCUCCGAACUAUGCAUUACAGACUAUAAGCAUGAAUGACAAAAUAAUGUUUGACAUGAAACACUUUCAUUACGUUACGUGUGCAUCGUUUUUUUCAGCAAUGAGAAAGUGGGGGAAAACAUAACUGUGUGUACUGGAUGAAAUGGGUUGAGGGAGUUUACUGACUUCAAAUAAAGCACACAAUUAAAGGAUAGAGGCUUGUUUACUGUACUUGUAUGCUGAUAAUAUAUAUUUUGAAUGUAUAAGCGUUUGAUAUGUACGGAGCCCCUAA